AUGUUGCCUUUCCGGCCCCUUCAGAAACUCCUUAGUUGGACUAUGAAUCGCCAUGAAGAGGAACUGCGAGCCGUUGGGAAGCGGGUGCUGGUAAGGGGGACGGGGAGCGGGGGGAGAAGACGACGUAUUUUGGGGAUGUUCCUUCCUGCUCAGGGCAACUGCUUCCGGGUUAUAAGUGGGGGGGUCUCAAGCAGUCAGGGAUACAGUCGAAUGAAGAGACAGGGGAGAGCGUCCGGUUCACACAUCACUUCCGACUUUGCGUAGGACAGCCCUCCAUAUGCGGGGCAAGGGUGGCGGAAGUAUCGAGAGGCGAAUGAAAUAAAAGCAAAUUGGACAUCUGGGGAUUGCUACUCAGCAGUAUGAGGCAGCGUGUGUCUGCCUGCUUGUGUCACAUACACAGCCGUACUUAUGUUUAUUACAGUGGUAAAAAAUAAAUAAAUACCAAAGUCCUCCUGCUUGCUGCCCUGGUGCCAUAGCUGUCAACUUUUCCCUUUUCUUGCGAGAAAUCCUAUUCGGAAUAAGGGAAUUUCCCUUAAAAAAAGGAAAAUGUUGACAGCUACGCCUGGCGCAUAUCAAGGGCUGCUGUAGUAGCCGAGGUAGUGGUUAUAGAAUAUUCAGAAAAGCAGCAUCUUCAGCAGCUGAGGGAUGCUGGGUAUGAAUAUCCUCCAUGCUGAUGUUCAUGUAAAGCUUAUAUAUAGGUUUUCUUAUUUUCUGUUCUCGAACUGGACUGCCAUCUCUGCUGCAAUAAAUCAGAGAGGUGGUGCUUCUCAGAUACCUGUGGCCCUAGAUAUGCAGUUGGACUGUCAUAAGCCCCAAAGAUAGAUGAUUGUGGCUGUGCACAUGCCAUACAUUUAAAACCUCUCACCCCCAAAAAAAGGAUUGUGGGAAUUGUAGUUUGUUUAAAAGGUGCUGGGAAUUGUAGAACUGUGAGGUGCAAACUACAGCUUCCAGGAUUUGAGGGAAAGGAUGUAUGCUUUAAAUGUAUGGUGUGUAUGAGCCAUAGCCUAAUAACCGUUGCAGGACUACAGGUUCCCCAUUCUUGGCAAGGUGCCUUUGGCUAUUCACCACCUUACCUUUUCCCUGCACACUGAGCCAGCUUUCCUGCUUACUGUCCUUGACGGGUCUCACUUGCAGGUGGCAGGACUGGGCAAUCAUGGCCUGUGUGGCACCCGCCAUAGUGUGGGCAUGGCUGUCCUUAAUCACCUGGCUACCAAGCUGAGCAUGGCUGACCAGUGGAGAAAGGACAAGCGUUGUUGUGCGGAUGUGGUAUUCACCAGCCUGGGAGAGGUGGAGUUGGUGCUGAUGAAACCCCGUAGCUUCAUGAACAUCAACGGCCGUUGCGUAGUCAGCGCUGGUAAGAAACAACCUUUUUAUUUUCCUUAACCUGUGCAGCAGAACUCGUCUUGCCCUCCCUCAGUAAAGCCCAUGUGCCUGCAUGGCAGACAGGUAGAAACUGACAUGAGGGGAGACCCACCCAUAGGGACCCUGGUUCUUACUCAACCCAGCAGAGCAGAGGUCGGAAACCUGCAUGCCUCCAGGUACCAUUGGACUACAGCUGCCACUGUCCCCAGCCAUUGGCCAUGCUGGCUGGGGCUGAUGGGAGUUGCAGUUCAGCCACAUCAGGGAGGGCCACGAGUUUCCCCAAGUGCAUCAGCAGAGAGUAAGGCAUCCUCAUUGCCUAGAAUGCAAGCGGAGGUAUUCUGGCUCAUACCUGGAAGCAGAGCUGACCCCACUAUGAGCCAAGGUGAGCCACCAAGCUUGGGUGUGGGACUUGGGGGCACCUUUCAGAGCAGGAGAUUUCUGGGGUCCUUCAAGCCUCCAAGAUUUGGCUAUUGAGCCAGCCAGCUCACUUUUCCACUGCCUUUCCAGCCAACUCACCUGCCUCCUCCAUUAGAAAUUAAGCCUAAUAUGCUCUUUUCCCACCUCCUAUUGGGAGCGUCAGCAGGAGCCAGUGAGGAGGCAGCAAGUUCACUUCUCCUGCUUGUUCACUUGUCAAGGUGAGGUCCAGCUAGAAGAAUGGAAACAUGUUUGUGCGCCUCCCCCGCCCCCCAUGUAUGAGUCCAGCUGCAAGUGCCAUUCUGCUCCAGGCUGGCGUGUGUCUGUUAGGAGGAAGAACAGCGCUUCCCACUACCUACCUAAAAUUUUCUCUUCAACAUGAGACUACCAGACAUCUUUUAUUUAUUUCUAUUUAUCUGCCCUCCAGCACCUAUGGAGUUACUCUGUUUUAUCCUCCCAACAACCUCGUGGGGUAAAGUAGUAUGAGAGAUGGGGGCGCAAUGCAAAGCCACUUCUUCAGCCUCAUAGCUGAGCUGGGAUUUGAACCCCACUUCAACACACAACAACAACAUUUAUACUCCGCCCAUCUGGCUGGGUUUCCCCAGCCACUCUGGGUGGCUUCCAGCAGAAUAUUAAAAUACAAUGAUUCAUCAAAUAUUAAAAGCUUCCCUAAACAGGGCUGCUUUCAAAUGUCUUCUAAAAGUCAAAUAGUUUUUAAUUUCUUUGACAUCUGAUGGGAGGGUGUUCCACAGGGCUGGUGCCACUGCUGAGAAGGCCCUCUGCCUGGUUCACUGUAACUUGGCUUCUCACAGUGAGGGAACUGCCAGAAGGCCCUUGGCGCUGGACCUCAGUGUCCGGACUGGACGAUGGGGGUGGAGACGCUCCUUCAGGUAUACAGGACCGAGGCCGUUUAGGGACUUAAAGGUCAGCACCAACACUUUGAAUUAUACCCGGAAACGUAAACUCUAUUGAGUCCAACACAUCAGGGAUGGCCGCUCUGUUGUCCUCCAGAUGUUGUUGGACCACAUUUCCUAUCAUCACUGAUCAUUGGCUGUACUGGUUGGUGCUGAUGGAAAUUAAUAAUACAGUGGUAACUCGGGUUGAGUACUUAAUUCGUUCUGGAGGUCCGUUCUUAACCUGAAACUGUUCUUAACCUGAGCACCACUUUAGCUAAUGGGGCCUCCCACUGCCACCGUGCUGCCGGAGCCCGAUUUCUGUUCUUAUCCUGAAGCAAAGUUAUUAACCUGAAGCACUAUUUUUGGGUUAGCGGAGUGUGUAACCUGAAGCAUAUGUAACCUGAAGCGUAUGUAACCCGAGGUACCACUGUAGUUUUGCAUUAAUAAAACUGCUAGAGUGUUUGCAAAGCUAAGCAGGGUCCGGUGGUGGUUUCAAAUUGGAUGGAGGAUCACAUGUUGAGAUUCCUGCAUUGUAGGGGGUUGGACUUGGUGAGCCUCGGGGUCCCUUCCAACUCUACGAUUCUAUGAUUCUGUAGCCGGAGGGCCACAAACUUCCCAUCUGCGUUCUGUGCCGCAGGUUGUGUUGUUCUUAUUCUGCCCAGUAGAGGGCAAGCUACCCCGGUUCCUGCAAUACCAAGAGACUGUAGCUGGCCAAAUAUUGAGCUUUCAUCUAGAAAUGCUAUUUGUUCAUUGUGUUAGCCUUGAAAGAGAUUUUCUCACACACGGAGAUGAGGGCUUUAAGAGAGGAGCAAGUACAGAGGUCCUCUUUUGAGGCAUGUCCUUGUGGCAUGUCCCUCAGCCUCCUGUCCUCUGCCCUCUCCUUGCUGCUGCUCCCGCAGCCCCUGGUCUCUAAGCUGCCCCCUACCCCCAUGACAGGUACCUCCUAACACUGCCCCACGGGGGCUUUGGAAGCACCCCCUGGUCACCAUUCACCUGAGGAGUUUGUAGCCAAGGCUGUGCAAAUCUUUGGGAGGCUGAGUCACAAGAGGCAUCACAAGGGGGAGAAAAGGAAAGAGGAACAGAGGCCAGUGUUGACUGUGGCACCCCUGACCUUCAUUCAAGGCACCCCAGGAUGCCACAGCACACUGGUUGAAAACCACUGGUUCAAGACAUCUCUCUCUUACUCUGGUCGGAAGCAUAAAUUCAGAAGACUGACAGGGUGGCCCAUCAGUACAAGGCAGUGAUAGGCACUGUUAUGCCAGCCAGAUGUUUCUGGACUACAGUUGCCAUCAUCCUUGUUAUUAAUGGUCUGUUGAAAGCUGGUGGGAGGACAUCUGUACUUGCAAAUUCUGUUGCUUGUUCGCUGAUGUGAGGCAGAGCAGACUCCUGUCCUCAACGAGCCUCGCCUGCUGCUUCUGGACUGCAUUGCAUCUGUUUCUGGCCAAGUAGAGAUCUAGGCUCCCCAUCUGACUGAACCUCCUCGAACUUUUUCUCUCUUUUAAAGCGGAGAUAUUCAACCUGGGCGCUGAAGAUAUUUACCUAGUUCAUGAUGACCUGGACAAGUCCUUGGGAAAGGUCGCCCUGAAGCUGGGAGGCAGCGCAAGGUAAUUCUUCAUAAUUAUGGCGCUCCCUAUGUACAGAGUGCAUAAUUAUUAUUAUUAUUAUUAUUAUUAUUAUUAUUAUUAUUAUUUAUACCGCAGCCAUCUGACAGGGUUGCCCCAGCCAUUCUGGGCAGCUUCCAACAUAUACAAAAACAUCAUUAAACAUUAAACUUUGAAAAGCUUCCCUAUACAGGGCUGCCUUCAGAUGUCUUCUAAAAUUUUUAUAAUUAUUUAUCCCCUUGACAUCUCAUGGGAGGGCGUUCCACAGGGUGAGUGCUAAUACCAAAAGGGCCCUUUCCCUGGUUCGCUGUAACUUCACUUCUCACAGUGAGGGAACUGCCAGAAGGCCCUCAGAGCUGCAUCUCAGUGUCCAGGCUGGACGAGGGGGCGGGUAGAGACCCUUCUUGAGGGCUACAGGGCCAAAGCCAUUUCGGGCUUUACAGGUCAGCACCAACACUCUGAAUUGUGCUUGGAAACACACUGAGAGCCAGUGAAGAUACUUUAGGACCGGUGUUACCUUAUUUUUCGCUCUAUAGUGUGCACUUGCCCAUAGGACGCACCUCGUUUUUUGGGGGAAAAUGAAUAAAAAAAAUUUAUCCCCCCCCCCAGCCCCCAGAACAGGCUGCUAUCCACAAGCCUUGUGAGCCCGGCGGCAACUCCCGCCGGGCUCGCAAGGCUUCCGGACACCUGCGUGAAGCACGGGGCGUCCUCCGGAGGGCGCCCUGUAAUUCGGGCUGCAGGCUGCCGCUCGCAAGCCUUGCGAGCCCACGGGAACUCCCCCCGAGUGCGCAAGGCUUGCCGACACCUGCGCGAAGCACGGGGCAUCCUCCGGAGGGCGCCCCGUGCUCCGGGCUGCAGGCUGCCGCUCGCAAGCCUUGCGAGCCCGCAGGAACUCCCCCCAGGCGCGCAAGGCUUGCGGAUAGCUUCCUGAAGCCUGGAGAGCGAGAGGGGUCGGUGCGCACCGAUGCCUCUCGCUCUCCAGGCUUCAGCGAAAGCCUGCAUUCUCCCCAUAGGACGCACACACAUUUCCCCUUCAUUUUUGGAAGGGAAAAAGUGCGUCCUAUAGGGCGAAAAAUACGGUAUAUAGUUCCAGCUGCCACUCCUAGUCACCAGUCUAGCUGCUGCAUUCUGGAUUAGUUGUAGUUUCCAAGUAACCUUCAAAGGUAGCCCCACAUAGAGCACAUUGCAGUAGUCCAAAUGAGAGAUAACCAGGGCAUGCACCAGUCUGGCGAGACAGUGCGCAGGCAGGUAGAUGGAGCUGUGUCCAAUUGGCCUGGGCACAGAAUUAACCUGUUUUAAUACAAAGGGGAAGAUCAACAUGUGUGUGAGAUCAGUGGAGUGCGUGCAGAUGGGGGACUGAUGUUGAUUUCUGGAUGAGAAAAGUGUGGGGAUAGAGAAGCUGUAUGUCCGUCUAGAUCAGUGGUUCUCAACCUGUGGGUCCCCAGAUGUUGCUGGACUACAACUCCCAUCAUCCCUGAGCUCUGGCCUUGCUAGCUAGGGGUGAUGGGAGUUGUAGUUCAACAACAUCUGGGGACCCACAGGUUGAGAAAGGCUGGUCUAGAUGCUGCUGCACUCCCAUCAGCCCAAGCCAGCGUGGCCAGGGAUGGUGGAAGCUGGAGUCCAGCAAUAUCUGGAAGGACACAAAGGCCAGCAGUGGAUGGUGCCAGUGCAGUGACAGCUAAUUCUAAUUUCAUCCCCAUCCUCCUCCCUCCGGAGUUCUGCAAGGACAAAAGUGAGGCUAAGCAGGAAGAAACUGACCAGCCAUGCUGCCCCCUAGACUGGUUGUAAGAUGGUAAGUAGGUAGGGGCUGGCAUGGGGCAUGCCUAGGUUCAUGGGGCCGUGCCCCAUUUGCCCAAACCAACCAGCCUCCACUGUUUGUUUCUGACAAGGGAUUCUGUCUCUUGGCAGCCACGGGACAAAGUAUAAAUUUUGCCAGUGUGCCUUUUUUUUGACAGGAAGAGGCAGUGAAGCCACCCACAGCUGUUAAACUUCUGCACUGUUAGAUGGCUCCCUCAAGGAACAAUGCCUCUCUUAGGAAAAGGACAGCCACCCCUGUCCUCAAACAGCUUGUUCAGCGUUUUUGGGAAUCUUCUGGCCGAGAGGAUGAGUAUCUGACUUGCAAAGCAAUCUGGACCAUUGAGUAAAUGUUUCUUGGCCCCUGUCAGGAGUAGGGUUCCUUUGUAGAGAGACUGACCGGAGGCUUAGAUGCCUUGCUUCUUUUUUUUCAGAGGUCAUAACGGAGUCCGUUCCUGCAUCAAGUCCCUGAAAUCCGAUGUGAGUUGCCGCUUUGGUUCACCCGCGUACCACCAAAGAGGACCGAUCUUCAUUUAUUACCAUGACAUGGGGUCUUGGUAGUCAUCCAAGGAUGGGAUUCUCGCAUAUUAGCAGCUGUGUCUGUCUGGAGCUCAGCUUACACCGGGCGAGAACCCUUGCAUGUUUCAUGCUUGGCCCCAGGCCGGGGGUGGUGGAGGGAGGAGGUUAUUCAAUUGGAAGCAGAUGGCUGGCUGCAAUCCCAGGACGCCAAACUAAAAAACAUUGCGGCCUUCGUGGAUUGCUGUCUUAUGUCUAGCCAAAGGGCAAAGGCUGGAGGAGACUUUGCAAGCUUGCAAAACCCACAGAGUCGCUACCAGAGAGAAUAACAGAUCCUACAACUGUAUAGAGGAGUUAUUCACAAUCCCUAUCAUAGGAAGAAAAUCCAAUUUUGUAACCAGUCCUUUAUUGGACCAUACUGGUUUUAUUGUUUUAUUGGUGUCUUUUUAAAGAUGGGAUGAAUUCAAGACUGUUGGGUUGGCUUGAAAGCUUGUUACUUCUAAUACCAGUUGUCAGAUAUUUGACUGACUUCAUCAGGUUUCUGAGGGAUUUGCUUUCUCGUCUAUCUGACUCAUUUAUUUAUUUUUAGCUUGCAUAUAGGAGUUGAAUUCCCCCUCUAUUUUGCCACAAAUGACUUUGAAAACAAUGUUCUGUUGAUAGGAUUCACAUUAAGAUGGUUUUCAUUUUUUAAUUCAGGGAUUCCUAUGUGAAGAUUUGAGCAUGGCUCCCAAUAACUUGAAGGCGAGCAAAUCACAAUAAUCUUUAUCUAAAUCUAAGCCUAUGUGCUUUAAAAUAAAAUAAAAAUGAAAGCAGCAAAAUACAACAGCCUCAGAAAACCAAAUAAAAAGACUUCAGAUAUUCCUUAAAAGUAUGAGACGAUAGGUGGGAGGCAAAGCCUGUCCUGAAAUUACAGCAAUGCAGGCACCCUACCAAGAGAAGUGUUGAAGCUCAGUAGCAGAGCACCUGCAGGGCAAACACCUGUGAAUUGAAGCGGGUGGCGCUGUGGUCUAAACCAUCAAGCCACUUGGGCUUGCUGAUCAGAAGGUCGGCGGUUCAAAUCCCCAUGACGGGGUGAGCUCCCGUUGCUCUGUCCCAGCUCCUGCCCACCUAGCAGUUCAAAAGCACACCAGUGCAAGUAGAUAAAUAGGUACCACUGUGGUGGGAAGGUAAACAGCAUUUCCAUGUGCUCUGGUUUCUGUCACGGUGUUCCAUUGCGCCAGAAGCGGCUUCGUCAUGCUGGCCACAUGACCCGGAAAGCUGUCUGUGGACAAACGCUGGCUUCCUCGACCUGAAAGCGAGAUGAGCACCGCAACCCCAUAGUCACCUUUGACUGGACCUAACUGUCCAGGGGUCCUUUACCUUUUUACCUUAGGAGAAUGUUGGAAGAUUCAGGACAGAUGAAAGCAAGUGCUUCUUUAAGCAGCACCUAGUUAAGCUAUGUUAACCUAGUUAACCAUGUGAGAUGAGAGUGCUGCUCUUGUGCUUGCAUCCUGCUUGCGGGUUUCCCAAAGGUAUCUGUCCAGCCCCUGUGAAAACAGGAUGCUAGACUAGAUGGACCAUUGGCCUGAUCCAGUAGGCUCUUUCUAUAUUCUUAUGUAAUUCUUAGAAGUAAAGCUUCAAUCCUGCCCCAAUAGUCUGCUGAUUAGUAAAGGCAACCCCUGACUCCCCUUGUGCUGCCUGAGAGGUAACAGCAGAGUGGGAAGGAGGAGGCGGAGAGGGGAGGUUACAUUUUGGAAAUUGCCUCUCAGGGAAGAUGAGUGAGGGUAGGGCAGGGUUGAGAGAAGCAGCUGCUCCUCGCCCCCGGGUCUCUAUCCCUCCUCUCCUCUCCCCUCCCCAAGCUUAUUUGAAGAGGCAUGGAAAGAAAGUUGUUGUUGUUGUUUAGUCGUAUAGUCGUGUCUGACUAUUCGUGACCCCCUGGACCCGAGCACGCCAGGCACUCCUGUCUUCCACUGCCUCCCAGUUUGGUCAAACUCAUGCUGGUAGCUUUGAGAACACUCUCCAACCAUCUCGUCCUCUGUCGUCCCCUUCUCCUUGUACCCUCCAUCUUUCCCAACAUCAGGGUCUUUUCCAGGGAGUCUUCUCUUCUCAUGAGGUGGCCAAAGUCUUGGAGCCUCAACUUCAGGAUCUGUCCUUCCAGUGAGCACUCAGGGCUGAUUUCCUUCAGAAUGGAGAGGUUUGAUCUUCUUGCAGUUCAUGGGACUCUCAAGAGUCUCCUCCAGCACCAGAAUUCAACAGCAUUCUCUGCUUUUUAAGAUGCUGUCUAGGUUUGUCAUUGCUUUUCUCCAGAAAGUACUUGGGCAUAAUAAGAACUUAAGAGCCUGGCUGCUGGAUCAGGACAAUGCCCCGUCACGUCCAGCAUCCUGCUCUCCCGGUGGCCUAAUAGAUGCUGCAGUAGGAAGCCUGUAAGCAGAACCUGAGCACAACAGCAUUCUCCCCACUUGCGGUUCCUAGCACUGGCAUUCAGAAGUAGUGGAGAGAGAACUUAGCCAUCACAGCUAGGGGCCACUGGUAGCCUUAUCCUCCAUGAAUUUGUGUCUUUUAAAGCCAUCCAAAAUGGUGGUCAUCACUGCCUCUUAGGGUAAAAUAUUCCUUAGGUGGACUAUGUAUUGUGUAAAGAAGCACUUUCCUUUGUCUGUCCGGAAUCUUCCAGCGUUCAGCUUGCUUGGAUGUACCAGAGUUCUAGUUUGGUGAGAGAGGCAGAAAAACCUUUCUCACUUCACUUUCUUCAUGCUAGGAACUAUCGUAUACACCUCUAUCAUGUAUCUCCCCUCCCCCACACUCACCAUCAAGUGAGGGUUGGACAGGUUAAACAACAAGACUGUCAGCUGCCACUCUCAAACCAUAAGAAUUGGGUCACUUCUGUUCAGUUCAAAAUACGCAGCCUCAACAUAGACACGACAGCAAACUAUGGUUAAGGAAGCUUAACAGUCUUUUCACAUGAUGACUGAAAUGACCAAAAAUCAAAUAAAAAACCAUGGUUUACAGUCAUGUGGGAAACUGUACUCUGAAGCCAGUAUUUGAAAUUUGCAAACCAUGGUUUGAUGUGCUGUCUUAAUUGACUGACAAUCGUUAUAACAGUUGCCUCACCUUGGGAGGCCGCCACACCAAAGACCAGAGCUCUGAGCAGGUGGGAAAUGAAAGCAAGCAAGCUGUUCUGAACUGUAGGUUGUAUGACUGUGUUGUACAUUUGGAAGCGAUAACCAUGGUUUGGGUUAUGAAACUGGUUAGGGCAAACCAUGGUUCGGUGUAUCUGCUGUUGGAUCCAAACACAUGAUAACUGGUAAGCACCACACCAGCAAUUCUGGUGUAUGUUAUUGGGCAGAACAAAACCAACUCCCCCCUUUCUCUCUCUCUUUCUCUCCCCGCUUCAGCGUAUGGUCCGACUGAGGAUAGGGAUCGGCCGCCCAGUGGGAGAAGCUGCCGUGGAACACUACGUAUUGGGCAAGUUCACCAGAGCUGAGCAAGAGAUCUUACCGCAAGUCUUUGAGCAGGCAGUCACAAUGCUCCUGGGACACAUCCAGCAGAGAAAUAGCAGCCCAGGGACCCGGAUCACUUCUGGGUCACCAGCCAAGACACCUCUUGGGAUGGAAGGCGCAUAG